GAUGUGUUCUUGAGCUUCCAAGCUAGAAUGUCCAGCCUUUAAGUUUGAAAAUGUUAUCAUCGCGCGAAUACGAAUAUAAUACUUAGGAGGUUCCCUCGGUACUGGACCCGAACACGCAAAAUGAGCGAUAAGAAGGCCACAGCUUCCAGCGGCAAGCGCAUUCUCAACAUCAACGUUGGCGUGCUUGGUCAUGUGGACUCGGGAAAAACCAGCCUCGUCGCGGCGCUGUCCACCCGGCUGUCCACGGCCGCGCUGGACAAGCACCCGCAGAGCAAGGAGCGCGGCAUCACCCUGGACCUGGGCUUCAGCGCGUUCACGGUCCCGCUGCCCCCCCACCUGGCCUCGCUGCCCUACGACGAGCUGCAGUUCACGCUGGUGGACUGCCCCGGACACGCCAGCCUCAUCCGCACCAUCAUCGGCGGCGUCCAGAUCAUCGACAUGAUGAUACUGGUCAUAGACGUCACCAAGGGCCUCCAGACCCAGACUGCCGAGUGCCUGGUGGUGGGCGAGGUGGCCACCAGCCGCAUGGUGGUGGCGCUCAACAAGGUGGACCAGCUGCAGCCUGAGGAGGAGCGGCCCAAGCUGGUGCGGCGGGCCAUGAAGCGGCUGGGCACCACCUUUGCCAUGACCAAGUUCACAGGCGUCACCAUGAUACCCGUGUCCGCAAAGCCGGGCGGGCAGGCCGACGCGCCGCCGCUGGGUGUGGACGACCUGCGGGCGGCGCUGGUGGCGCUGGUGCCGCCCGCGCCCCGCCCGCCGCCCGCGCCCGGCUGCUUCCUAUUCGCCAUCGACCACUGCUUCCCCAUCAAGGGCCAGGGCAGCGUGCUCACAGGGACCGUGCUGCAGGGCACUGUGGGCGUGAACGACGUGAUUGAGCUGCCAGCGCUGAAGCAGACGCGGCCGGUCAAGAGCAUGCAGAUGUUCAAACAGCCCGUGCAGCGCGCCAACGCCGGCGACCGCGUGGGCGUGUGUGUGACGCAGCUGGACGCCGGCCUCAUAGAGAGGGGGCUGGCCUGCAGCCCCGGCACAGUGCCCACCUUCAGGGGCGCGGUGGCGGCAGUGGAGAAGAUACGGUUCUACGCGGGCCGUGUCCCCAGCCGCGCCAAGUUCCACGUGAGUGUAGGUCACUCCACAGUCAUGGCGGAAAUGACCUUCUUCGGACUGCCCGACGGAGAGGGCGUCCCCCGCGACACGGCGCUGGCCGCCAUGAUCGCCAACCUGAACGCCAUGGCGCUGUCCACCACCCCCAUGGCCUUUGACGCAGCACGAGACUACCUCUACCAGGAGGAGCUGUACGGGCUGGAGGGCCGCCCCAUCGCGGACCCAUCCGUAGCGGCGGCGGCGGCGGCGGCGGAGGGCGGGGAGGGCGAGGGAGGCAAGGAGGGCGGGGCGGAGGCGGCGGAGGCGCACGACGGCGAUGACGGGUUGGACCGCCACUUCGGGCCGCAAUGGGUGCUGCUCAAGUUUGAUCAGCCCAUCACCGCACCCAAGGACGCGCUGGUGAUCGGCGCCAAGUUCGACGCCGACAUACACGGCGAGGCCUGCCGCCUGGCCUUCUACGGGCGGCUGGUGCGGCUGGUGGACCCGGGCCGGCCGCAGGAGCUGGCGGCGCUGCAGGUGUACAAGCCCAAGCUGCGCUCGGGUGUGAUUGAGCGCGUGCAGCCGGACGGCGUCACUGCCAUUGUGCGCAGCCUCAUUAAGAAGGAGAGCAGCAUCGACGUGUUCGUGGGGCUCAAGGUGAAGACGGGCCGCGGCGAGCAGGGAGUGAUUGAGGGCUCCUUUGGCAAGUCCGGGAAGCUGAAGGUGAACUUCCCCGGCGGCCUUGCGCCCGAGGGCCGCUCCGCCGCCGACAACGCGAUCACGCUGCGCUGCAAGCGAUACGUGUUCGACCCCAACGCCAAGAAGGUGCUGCGGCAGUAGCAGCGGCAGUGGGCAGUGGCAGUAGCAGUGGUGGCGGAAAGAAGCAUGGUGGGAGUGAGGGUGGGGGGACUGACGGCAGGAGGACACAGCGGGCGGCACAGAGGCAAAGCCGCAUGGCGGGUAAGCCGUACAGGGAGAACGGAGUGGUGAAAUGGGGGUGGACGGGGUGGGCCGGAGCGGGUGAGGAACUGCAGGUUGACAAGCAGGAGCUGUGGGCACCGGUGUGUAUGCAUGCGCACACGGGGCCGGCAGGCGCACCGUUACAGCGCCGAGGUGGAUGGGUUGGGGUUGGCGUUGGAGGAGCGGCAAUGCAGCGGGCUAGUGCGCCGACCGCGUGCAUGCGUGUUCGAGAGCGGCAGCCAGAGAGUGCGUGUGUACCACAGAGCGCGUUGAGAGAGGAGAGAGCGGUGCAUGUGUGUGUCGUACCGUGUCUAUGGUGCAUUUGCAUGUGUGGCUGAGGGGCGGAACAAAUGUCGGCCGUGGUGGUGUGCAAGGGGGGGAGGCCCUUCUGGCCUGGCGGGGCAGCACGGCACCAGGCACAUGCAGGAGGAGGUCCCCUUCUGGCGCGUGCAACGGUUGUAACAGGCUAUGAUG